AUGGGCGAGCAACACGAAUCUAGUGCUUUUGAAGGGUCCUCGGAUUGUACUGGUGUCUCAAAGGACCAACACACUCCUUCUGAAAGAAGACCAUCAUGGCGUGGGCGAGGCAUAGAAAGCCAGGAUCUACGGCGCAAAUCUUCAGAAAGACGAAGGUCCAUCGAAAAGACUCCAAAUCGCAAACAUUGGUGGAAAUUUACCCUAAGAUCAUGGGACGAUGACCAAGAACAGGAUUGGUGGUUCGCUGGCACUGCUAUCCCGCUGCUCGCCGCGACUAUGGGCCCUCUCGCAAAUGUCUUAUCAAUCGCAGCACUUGUCACAUCAUGGAGAAUGUGUCUGGUUGAUGGUGUAAAUCCAGAGACCUGUCCGUGGGACGGAAAGAGCGAGCUGCUCUCAGACCUGGAUGGACACCCCUUUCCAGACCCUCACUGGUGUUAUAAGCUUAACAUAUUUUCGCUCGCACUGGGAUUCGCAGGAAACAUCUUCCUGCUAUUCAACUUCACAAAUCGUAUCAGAUAUAUCAUUGCGCUUCCAUGUACCAUCAUCCUGUGGUACCUAGCGACCGGGGUGUUAAUCGGCAUCGAGGCAUCUAUGAAUGAAUAUGUACCACCUCAGCGUCCCCAACAGAGCUACACGCAAGGUUUCUGGUAUGCCGUCAUAGCUGCAAUUUUCUAUUUGAUAUGCUCUAUGCUACUCAUGGUGAACAUGCUUGGAUAUUUCCUUGGACACUAUCCACAAAGAUUCAAUCUUACCGAUUCCCAGCGCACGCUUAUCUUGCAGACUAUGCUGUUCUUCGUGUGGCUCGCCGGCGGCGCCGGUGUGUUCUCGCUAGUUGAGACCAAGUACGGACUGGGUCUGUUCAACUGGUCCUAUGUCAAUGCACUGUACUUCUGUCAGGUCACUGUGUUGACAAUCGGCUUUGGAGACUUGUACCCGUCGAGCAAUGUCGGACGAGGGCUAGUCAUGCCUUAUGCGGUCGGAGGUAUCAUCAUGCUCGGUCUGAUCGUGACCAGUCUCACAACUUUUGCGACAGAAUUGGGAGAGGACAACAUACCUCGUCUGUUGCUCCUUCGCGAGGAGAAAGAUCGAUUCAAUGCUAUGCGACGCAUACAACAGAAAACCGAGAAAUGGAAGAAAUGGUCUAGUCUAUUCAUAUCGACCGCGGCCUUCUCGAUUCUGUGGUGCAUUGGUGCGGUGAUCUUUUGGGUCGCUGAGCGCCGCGUGCAAGACAUAACCUACUUCCAAUCUCUGUACCUUUGCUGGGUUUCUCUUCUCACUGUCGGAUAUGGCGAUCUCGCUCCAAAGUCCAAUGCCGGACGUCCCUUCUUUGUGGUCUGGAGUCUUGUCGCUGUGCCAACAAUGACACUUCUAGUCUCCGAUAUGUCAGACACCAUCGUCAAUGGCUUCAACCAAGGCGCUUUCCGUCUAGCCGACUUUACCAUCUUACCAAAACAAGGAAUCUGGCGCACGCUCAUACCGCGAUUAGCACCAUGGAUACAACGAUAUAAGGAGCGCAGAGCCAUCCAGCAUCGCUUACAACGAGGAUUCGAGACUGGUGAUCCAGAUGAUGAACCUACCAUCGACAAUCUAGCCAAAGAACAAGGCAGCAAAGCCCCUAGUGAUGCCGAACUGGCCAGGAGAUUAGCCCAAGCCAUCCAGCACGUAUCCAAAGACCUGAAGGAAGACCCACCACGCUCCUACACUUACGAAGAAUGGGUACGAUUUACACAACUGAUUCGCUUCACGGCUACACGAGACAGAGAAGAGGGAGUCAGCAGAUAUGAAGCCGAUCAAGACGGUCUGAUCGAGUGGGACUGGAUUGGCGAGCAUAGUCCGCUCAUGGCGCAGCAGAGCGAAGCGGCGUUCAUUUUGGACAGACUGUGCGAGAGUAUGAAGAGAUAUGUCAGGAAGAUGCAAAUGAUCUACAAUCCUGUGGGAUAUGAAAAGCAGGACGAUUCUAUAAGGAGGCAAUCACGCGACAUUGGAGCGAUAGACGAUGAGAUUGCGGAAGCCUGA